AAGAGAGGCAUUAAUCUCUUUAUGGUUUUCAUAAUACUACUCAUGACACUUUAAAAGAAAAAAACAAGAAAAAGCUAGGCAAAAAUUCACGAUCAAAAUCACGGCUGAAGAAAGCUUGCUUGGAGCUUGGGAAACCUCAUAUUGGGUUAUAGCCCUAACUCAGUGUUCUCUCCCCCUUCCUCCAUUUCUCUGAGAGUUCUCCUACGUUGAGUAGCCCUAGGGAUUUUCCUCGCUUCUCUACCGAUUACACGUCAGUCUGGUCUUCCUUUUGUGGUACUUUCUGUAUUCAAGAUGGCGCGCGAUCUUGAUGGUGCCGGUGGGGGCGGUGCGGGCGGCAGCGCCACCCGAGAGGAGGCGUCGGUGAAAGUUCCCGCAAAGGACCCGAAGAAGAAGGAUGAGAAAAAGGAUGAAGAUCUCUCGGACGAGGACUUGGCGCUGAAGCAGCAGUUGGAGUUGUAUGUUGAAAGGGUUCAGGAUUCGGAUCCAGGUUUGCAGAAACUAGCGCUAGAGAGUAUGAGGCAGGAAAUUCGUACCUCAACAAGCUCUAUGACUUCAGUUCCAAAGCCAUUAAAAUUUUUGCGUCCGCAUUAUGGAACUUUAAAAGCAUAUUAUGAGACAAUGGGAGAUUCAGAUCUAAAGAAAUUCCUAGCAGAUAUACUCUCUGUUUUGGCCUUGACAAUGUCUGCAGAAGGAGAACGGGAAAGCCUGAAGUACAGAUUACUGGGUUCAGAAGGUGAUAUUGGUUCUUGGGGCCAUGAGUAUGUUAGAAACUUGGCUGGAGAAAUUUCGCAAGAGUAUGCAAAGCGGCAGAGUGAAGAGGUCCCGAUUGAUGAUUUAAUGGAGCUUGUUCAACAGAUCGUUGCUUUUCACAUGAAGCACAAUGCUGAACCUGAAGCUGUAGAUCUUUUGAUGGAGGUUGAAGAUCUUGAUCUCUUAGUAGAGCAUGUUGAUAGUACAAAUUACAAAAGGACGUGCCUAUACCUUACUAGUUCAGCGAGAUAUCUUCCUGGACCAGAUGACAUGUUAGUUCUGGAUAUUGCUUAUGUGAUCUAUCUCAAAUUUGAAGAAUUCCCCAGUGCACUUCAGAUUGCAUUAUUUCUUGAUAACCUAGGGUAUGUGAAGCAGGUAUUUACAUCUUGUGAUGAUCUGCUGCAGAAGAAGCAAUUUUGUUACAUACUUGCUCGGCAUGGUAGUGCUUUUGAGCUUGAUGAUGACAUGAUAGCAGAUGAUGGAGAUAGGGAGGCAUCAACAGAGAUCAUAUACAACAGUAAAUUAAGUGAAGGCUAUCUCACCCUUGCUCGUGAUAUAGAGGUCAUGGAGCCCAAGUCUCCGGAGGAUAUCUACAAGGCGCACUUGCUGGAUGGCCGUGCUAGUGCUGGUGCAAGUGUUGAUUCAGCUAGACAGAAUUUGGCAGCUACAUUUGUCAAUGCAUUCGUGAAUGCUGGUUUUGGGCAGGAUAAGUUGAUGACUGUUCCAUUAGAACCUUCGAGUGGUGGUUCCUCAGGAAACUGGCUUUUCAAGAAUAAAGAACAUGGGAAAGCUAGUGCUGCAGCAAGUCUGGGUAUGAUCCUACUGUGGGAUGUGGAUUCUGGACUUGCGCAAAUUGACAAGUACUUGCACAGCAAUGACAACCAUGUCAUUGCUGGUGCAUUAAUAGGAAUUGGGAUUGUCAGCUGUGGUAUUAAGAAUGAUUGUGAUCCUGCUCUCGCUCUUUCAAGUGAGUACAUAAGUAGGGAGGAUCCAUAUAUCCGAAUAGGUGCAAUAAUGGGCUUGGGCCUUGCAUAUGCAGGUUCUCAAAAUGAGAUGAUACGUUGCAAAUUGCUUCCUAUACUUGGAGAUUCAAAAGCACCGCUUGAUGUAAUUGCUUUCACUGCAAUCUCAUUGGGAUUGGUAUAUGUGGGUUCUUGCAAUGAAGAUGUUGCUCAGGCAAUUGUCUUUGCACUAAUGGACCGAAGUGAGACGGAACUGGGGGAGCCUCUCAUUCGACUUCUGAUUCUAGGCCUUGGUCUUUUGUAUCUUGGGAAACAGGAUAGUGUGGAGGCCACAGCAGAAGUCUCAAAAACAUUUAACGAGAAAAUCAGAAAAUAUUGUGAUAUGACCCUGCUUUCUUGUGCUUAUGCUGGGACUGGGAACGUGCUCAAGGUCCAAACCCUUCUGGGUCACUGUGCGCAACAUCUUGAAAAGGGGGAAACCCACCAAGGUCCAGCUGUACUUGGAAUUGCUAUGGUGGCAAUGGCUGAAGAACUGGGCCUUGAGAUGGCAAUUCGUUCAUUAGAGCAUCUUUUGCAGUAUGGAGAGCAGAAUAUCCGUAGGGCUGUUCCUUUAGCUCUUGGUCUCCUCUGCAUUUCAAACCCAAAGGUUAACGUCAUGGACACAUUAAGCAGACUGAGCCAUGAUACCGAUACAGAAGUAGCAAUGGCUGCUGUCAUCUCCUUGGGUUUGAUUGGUGCAGGCACUAACAAUGCUAGAAUAGCUGGGAUGCUUCGCAAUCUUUCGAGCUAUUACUACAAAGAAGCCAGCCUUCUGUUUUGUGUGCGAAUUGCUCAAGGUCUUGUACAUUUGGGCAAGGGCUUAUUAACACUUUCUCCUUAUCAUUUAGAUCGAUUUUUAUUGUCACCGAUGGCACUUGCUGGAAUAAUAACCCUGCUGCAUGCGUGCUUGGAUUUGAAGACAAUCAUAUUGGGAAAAUAUCAUUAUGUUCUUUACUUCCUUGUUUUGGCAAUGCAGCCAAGAAUGUUGAUGACUGUGGAUGAGAACUUAAGACCUAUCUCUGUACCUGUUCGGGUGGGACAAGCAGUUGAUGUUGUUGGCCAGGCUGGGCGACCGAAGACCAUCACUGGUUUCCAGACUCACUCAACCCCAGUUCUUCUGGCUGCUGGUGAUAGAGCAGAACUUGCUACGGAGAAGUAUAUUCCCCUUUCUCCCAUUCUUGAAGGUUUCGUUAUUUUGAAAGAGAACCCAGAAUAUCGAGAAGAUCACUAAUUUGUUUGCCAAAGCAUCAAUGAAAUCAGUUGGACCCCAAACCACAACCACCUUUAUAGUUUGUAUGUGAACACUGCCGCAUUUUCAUCACCAGCUUUUUUGGAAUGUUAAAGAGGGGGUUUAAAUGUUACUUGGACUGCUCCGCUCCAAGCCAUAAUUUCACUAUUGUUAUUAAUUAUUUUUUUUGGGAGGGGGGGAAGAGGUGUGGGAUAUGGUUUUGGGGGUGGUGGUGGUGCCUGGUGGAAUGGGCUGUUUCCAUCGGACAGGUGAGGCUCGAGAGCUUCUUGUGGUUGUAAUGAGUUUUAACACAUGCUGGGGUUCUCCCAGUUUUAAUAGCUAAAUUUACGCGCUUGUAUUUUAUAAUGGAUUGGCUUCAUAUAAACUCCUGGCCAAUUAUUCAUAGGUGGAAAGCUAAUACAGCAGCAGGUGUUAUUUGAAUAA